AAGACUAUCUAUUGUUAAUGCAUUUUUAUAUUAAAGUAGAUGAUAUUAAUGAAGAAUCUACGAUUGAAGAAGAUAGUGAUGAAAAUGUUAUUGAAGAAAAUGCUACCGGAAAAAAUGCUAUUGGAGAAAAUGCUAAUGAAGAAAAUGCGAAUUUAAAAUUGAAUGAAAGUUUCAAGUCACAUGAAGAAUUACAAAAAAGAAUAGAGGAAUAUCAAAAUUAUUCAAAUUGUAUUUUUUACACAAGAGAUUCUAUGACCAUCGAACGGUGUCGAAAAAACGGUGUAAAAAGACCUAUUGAUGAAAAUUUGAAGUAUUACUUUUUAAAAUAUAAUUGCAUUCAUGGCGGAAGAAAUUUUAAACCAGCAGGAAGAGGAGAGAGGUCGUCAAGUACCUUCCAAAAGGAAUGCCCAGCUACAUUUCACGUUAAUGUGAGUGAUGAUGGAAAACGGUUGUUCAUAUCGAGAAUGGACUUACAUCAUAAUCAUCUUACGACAAAACAAUUUACACUGGGGAAAAAAAAUCAAUUAGAAGCUGUAAAAAAUAUUUUAAUAAACGAUUAUCAAGCGGAUUGUAAUUUUCUCAUUGAGGAUAAUAUUUUCAAAGGUCUUUUUUUUGCUACACCGCAAAUGAAAUCAGCCAUGGAAUUUUAUCCCGAGUACAUUGGAAUCGACGCAACAUAUAAAUUAUUAAAUAUUAGGGCUCCUGUUUAUUUAUAUAUAGUCGAAGAUCCUAAUGGCUGUACCAAAAUUGCGGGGGUAUCGAUUUUAGUUAAUGAAGACAAACCGAGUAUUACAUGGAUGAUGAAUUGUUUUAAAGCAUGUCAUCCUUCAUGGAAAAAAAUUAAGUGCAUUAUGACAGAUAAAGAUCUGACGGAAAGAGCCGCGAUUCGUGACAGUUUGUUUACCUUUGGAAGUGAAUCUGAUUAUGUAGAAAUCACUAUAGAAAAAAGAAACAUAACAGCAAAAGAAAGGGAUGAAGCUAAAAGAAUUCUUCAGGAGAUGGUGUAUGCAAAGACCGAAGAACGUUAUUUUCAAUUGUAUGAAGAACUCAAAAAAAUGCCGCAGUCAAUCGUGGAAUACUUCGAUAAAAACUGGCAUGAAUGUCGAAAAGAGUGGUCUCUAUCUAGUGAUUACGUGCAACACAACUUUGGGAACGGUACUAAUAAUCGAUUGGAAUCAUUAAAUGCGAAAAUAAAAAUAGAUGUAGAUAAAUAUCUGUCAUUGGAAGAUUUCGUGAGACAAUUAUUAAUUUGUACGGAAUGCUCUCAAUUAGAGAAAAAUCACAAAGCAGCCAAGUCGUACCAAAAACAAAAAGUUCUCAGUUUUUCUAAAGAUUCUCCAGAAUGUCGUUAUUCUCAAUACGUCACAAAUUAUGCAUUUAAUUUCAUCAAAAAAGAACUAGAGAAAAUGCAUAAAUUGGAAUUAAUUUACAAUGAAAAUUUAAAUGUUUAUCAACAAAAUUUAACACCUACUGGCAUAAUAUCUACGACAUCUUCAUCAUGUGACUGUUUAGAGCGCACGUCAAUGAUUUUACCAUGCAGACACAUAUUUAUGGUGAGAAAAAUUGAGAAUAAAAAUUUAUUUGAAGAAAGCCUUUGUGAUAAAAGAUGGACCAGUGAUUAUUACUAUAAUACUCAGAGAGUAUUUUCAACUGUGCAAGAAGAAAUUUUAAUUCCAGAGCCUGUUAUUACUUCGACACAAUACAAACAAAAAGUUUUAUCAGAAAAUGAAAAAUAUAAAAAAUCAUUAGAAGUUGUUAAAAAAUUACCUGCUUUAGCGGCUGAAGUAGGGACUAAAUUAUUUUUAAAAAGAUUUGAAGUAUUGGUUAAUUUAGUAGAAGCUUGGCAAAAUAAUCAAGAAGUAGUAAUUAUAAAAGAAUCAAAUAAAAAUAAACAAACAAUUCAUCUGGACCCAUCAGGACCGAAUUCACCUGAUGUUACUGAAUCUGAUUCUGACAAUCAAAUGGAGGAUGAUAGAGAUUUAAAAGAUUCUUCAAUUGAUGAAAAUCUUAAUAAUUCUAUAAAUUCAGAUAGGAAUGAAGACAGUGAUUUACAAGAAACUUUCAAUGAUGAAAAUCCCCAUUCUCCAAACAUUAUUGUUCAUGAGAAUCCGCAAAAAGAAAAAAAUGAUCUUAUAAAUUCAGAUAGCAAUCACGAUGGUCAUGUACAAGACACUUUUAAUGACAAAGAUCCUGAUUCUCCAAAUAUUAUCAUUCAUGACAUCCCUCGAACAGAACAAAUUUCUUUCACAAGUUCCGAUAGCAGUGACGUUAUUGAUGCUCGACAAAUAAAAAAACGCCGAACGAGAAAUGCGCUGUCGAACAGCUCUGAUGACAACAAUGAUAGAGCCAUAUUAAGUCAAAGCACUGGAUUAAAAGAAAAUGAAAAAUAUAUGCCGAAUGUAUCAACACCCAUAGAGCCAACGAAAAAAUUAAGUAUAUUGUCUAAUGUUAUUGUGCAACCGGCUCUGAAAAGAAGAGGACGACCCCGAGGUACAGAUCAAACAGUGAUCGGACUUAAAAAAAUUAUAAAAGAUAAAAAAUCACUCAAAAUGCCAUUUAUCAAUAAAUCAACUGAAGAUAAGCGCAAAAUCAUAUUGCAAUGGUUAGUAAAAGAAGAGGUUAUCACA